UCUGUUUUAGUCAGUAAAUAUAAACAGAUGUAUUGACUCAGUCAUUUUUUACACAAAAACCAAAGUCCGGAUUUAAUUUAACAUUUAAAUUUACUCAAGAAUAAAAGCCAACAUGUCAAGAAGAUCCAACACAGGUCGACGUACACUAAAUUUAUAUAACAAAAAUAAACAUAUAAAAGGUCGCCGCUACACUCUUUCAGCAGACGCGCAGGCUGCAUUGUCAAACCUCCUUGAGGACGUUAUCGAGAAUACUCUAGAGGAUGCUAAAAAAAUGGCCGAGACGGCUGGCAAGAGCAAAGUGUCUAUCGAAGAGAUUGAGAGGGCGUUGAAAAAAUUGUGCAAAAGUUUCUGCUCGCAAAGCUCCGUCUCGAACGGUCAGUUCACCACCGGACACUUUUAUCGGCCUCAUCUCAAGAGACACUUGGGCUCCUAAACACAACUCGAAAUACUUUUCAUCAAAACAACGCUAAAUUUUCCCUCCACUGUCAACAAUUCGCUGUCAAAUCAAAUAAACAAAAUUUUUUUUAUUAUGCACUUGUGUUUUUAUCUCUUAAUCUGAAAAUAUUUUACAGAGAUAACGAGUGAAUUAAAGGCAGUUACGAUAACUACUGAAUUUUU